ACAACACAUCAAUUUGACCUUUGCUAAUUAAAAUCUAUAAAGGCGAGGCCAACAAGAAGCUCUUAGGAUCUAGGAAAGAAGUACUGUAGCAGUGUGUAUGCUUGUCAAGUGAGGAGAAAAAAUAAUUUGAGAUUUGCAGAAGUAAAAAAAUGGGCUUCAAAUUGAUCAUUUUCAUAUCUAUUCUCUCUCUGUUGGCUGCAUUUGUCAUGGAUACAUUAAUUAAGGCCCAUUUCUUCACCAGAGUUUACGAUCAUUUUCCAGGCAACUGCACCAUGUUCCCAAUGAAUGGAUCAGAGGACUUUGCUCUUUUCCCUAACGAUCACGUUAUGGUCUCCAGUGGGUUGGAGAUAUUCAACAAUGCAGAGAAACCCCCUGCUGGGAUUUACAUGGUGGACCUCCAGCACCCUACCCCCCACCCGGUCAAACUUAACUUCGAGGGGGAGUUUCUGUCAAAAGUUGAUUUCAACCCCCACGGCCUUGGCUCCUGGGUAACCGAGGAGGGAGACUACCUCCUGUAUGUCGUGAACCAUCGAGUGGAUUUUGAUGCCAUUGAAUGUUUCAUUUAUCAUCCUGACAAUAAAUCCCUCGAACAUCGAAAGACAAUCUCAAAUUCUGUGAUGUACAAUCUCAAUGAUCUAGUUCUUGUAGAGAAAGACAUACUUUACACCACUCGCGAUCAUUACUACAAAAAUCCUACGGCCAAAAUCUUUGAGGUUUUUCUCAGAUUAUCGUACGGGAGUAUCUUGUACGUGGACGCUAAGGGCGACAGUGUUCAUGUGAAGAUUGCAGCUGAUGGGUUGUGGUAUGGCAAUGGAAUAUCCAAGAGUAACAAUGGAAGGUUUGUCUACAUCAAUGAGUGUGUCCCAGGUACAGUGACUGCACUCACCAGAAACUGUGACAACACACUGCAAAGACAACAGUCUAUACUCCUCGAGCUUGCCCCAGAUAACACAUUCGUGAGUCCCAUCAACGGCCAUCUUUGGGUGGGGAUAAUCGCCAAGCCCCUGGAAUUUGAGAUCUACAAGAAGCACAGUGAUCCCACUAGCACACCGUGUGGUGGGCGUGUGCUACAUGUGACAGUUAACGAGGGGGCGGAGUAUCCGUUUGAUGACUCUCAAGUUGAGGAGGUGUUCUCAACGAGUGGGAAGAUGAUUAGUGCCACGUCAGCAGGUUUAUACCACAACAAGAAACUUUUAGUCGGCUCCAUUAGAACUGGAAUGAUGAUGUGUGAUGCCCCGUAUAUUAUUUAUUAAUGUUAAGUAAUCGAUUGUCCUUUUAUUUUUGUAUAUACUUGAUCGUCUUGAUCGUCUUUUUAUAAAGAAUUAUGUCGCAAGUAUUCUAUUAAUUUUUUGGGUAAAUUAGACAAAAAUAUAAAUUUUAUAUAAUACUGA